GCGCAGUGGUACGCGGGCGUGUGACGCGCGGUGGUCGCGAGCGCAGUGCAGCGGUGGAGCGCUAGCGUGCGGCAGUGCCUCCCCGCGGCCUCCUCAGCGCCAGCACCCGCGCCCGCCUCCGCUCAGCGUCGCUCUCGCCGCCCCUUCAUAAACCGGAGGCGCCUCACACUCGCACGCAGUCACGGUUCGGACACGCUCACCCGUGCAUUCAGUCGACACGCGUCUCACAUUCACCUCAAAAGACACCUAUACUCGAGUCGUCGUCAGUGACAUCAGUGAAGUGAUAAUGGCAGACAACGAAUGGGGAUAUACCUGUGAAAACGGUCCGGCGACAUGGAUAGAGAAGUUUCCUCAAGCACGUGGCACUCGACAAAGUCCCGUGGAUAUUGUGACUUCUCGCGUCAAAAGUGGAGCUUCCCUGCCGCCACUGAAAUGGCGGUACUCUGUCAAUCAUCCUCGUUCCAUCGUCAAUCCUGGCUACUGUUGGCGCGUCGACGAAAACGGNAAUAAAUCUAUUCAUCUCCAUUCAACAGGUCCGGCGACAUGGAUAGAGAAGUUUCCUCAAGCACGUGGCACUCGACAAAGUCCCGUGGAUAUUGUGACUUCUCGCGUCAAAAGUGGAGCUUCCCUGCCGCCACUGAAAUGGCGGUACUCUGUCAAUCAUCCUCGUUCCAUCGUCAAUCCUGGCUACUGUUGGCGCGUCGACGAAAACGGCUAUGAUUCAGAAUUAAAAGGUGGACCUCUCAACAAUGAUGUUUACAAAUUACAACAAUGGCAUUGCCACUGGGGAGCGCUCAACGGGGAGGGCUCAGAACAUACAGUGGACGGUCGCUCGUUCUCCGGAGAACUCCACCUGGUUCACUGGAACACAAGCAAGUACCACAGCUUCGGGGAGGCGGCAGGAAAACCAGAUGGACUAGCCGUUUUAGGAGUCCUAUUAAUGGUUGGCUCGAAACACCGAGAGCUCGAUAAAGUUGUACAGUUACUGCCUUUCGUGCAACACAAAGGCGAUAAAGUUACAUUUUGCGAGCCCCUCGACCCUGCCAAGCUGCUACCAACCAAGACAGCUUACUGGACGUACCCAGGGUCUUUGACAACACCACCGUGCACGGAGUCGGUGAUUUGGCUCCUCUUCAAAGAACCCGUACAAGUUUCCGCUGAACAGCUCUCUUUGAUGCGGAAGUUGAAAUGCGGUGAAGCGUCAUGCGGCGUUGAGGCGAUGGAGCUGCUCCACAAUUACCGGCCCACGCUGCCCCUCGGCAACAGGGAGCUGCGCGAGUACGGCGGCAACUAGCAAUAUCACAAACUGCACAUUAACUGACGUCCUCAAGUGACGGGCUCGUUGUGGGUCCACCAAACACAUUAACAACUUGUAUGACAUAUUGGCGUAUGACUGUUUGCGUUUGUCAAGGUAACCACAAUACGCGAAGGUCAUUAUAUAAAACGCCCGAGGCAAAUAGUUCGCGAACCAAACAUGAUCUGUUACAAGAUUCAAUUUAUAGUUAAGCCGAAUUUGUAAAAAUGUGCCUCGUGAACCUGUCCACCUUUUGUAGCGCCGGGCUAAAUAUUUUUAUAAUAAAUAUCAGUAUACAAAGGUAGCUUUAGGAUCUCGUAUAUUGUCUACAAUUGCGCAUUGUGCUCUAAUUGUAAUGUAACAUAAGCAUUUGUAUGUACUUUAAUUAAUGUUUCCGUCACAUCUUUGUCGUGGCUGCAUAUCGUGUUCUCAACGAUUUCGGUUGAAAAUUUGAAUUCAGAAAUCUCUAUGCCAACUUUAUAUAUAAAAUUAUAUUUAAUGGAAUGACCGUUUUGUUCAAACUGGAGUGUCCAAACAGAUCUUUUAUUAAAAGUUUUUUUAGCAUCAUUUAAAUUACACCAUUUUGUUAAUCAACCCAGCUCCGGUGCUAAGAGUGAUAAUUAUACAACGACAUGCCAUAUGUUCGUUUAUUAAAAAAGACACACAGGGUGGAUAUUUGGAACAGGGCCAUAAGUAUACAGCGUUAAAGCUACAAAAACACGCAUCUAUGUAGGUACAUAUGUACGUGAUGGAAUAGGUAUGUUCCGUAAUAGAGUUGGACGACUCGGUUAAAAUGAAUAGUACUAAAUUUUUUAUUUUAAAUAGUAGGAGUAUACUAUAUCCCACAAGAUACACAGCAUAUCUGAAAAAGAAUUUAGAAUUUUCCAACCAACUGUUUUGAAAAGUGAAACGGGGGCACUAUACUUAAUACUUUGAAACGUAAUAAUAAUCAUUUUUUUAAAGUACACCAUGACCGCUUCUGUGCUGAUUUUUACAUAAUAUUCUAUUCCUCAGACGUCUUUGGAGUAUUUCUAAUAAUAUUUAUUUGUUAAUUUCAGCACACCGUAAUAAACUCUAAACUCGACAUCGUCCCAAAUUUCUCUGGGCCUGAUCAGAUGCCAAAUCCCAAAGUAAAAUAUUAAUAACACAGUCGUGGGAACAGAACAGACAAAAUGAUGGAUUGCGCAAAAGUGUGCGUUCCGUACCUUUGGCUGCAAAGCAUACCUAAAAAUUUAAAAUCUGGCCAUAGAGAAGUAUCGAUAUCGAUAUCAUUCAGGUAGUUUUAAACAAAUUGCAGCACGAUAAACGUCACAAAACUUUAACAGCUAUUGGUCAUAUUUUUGUUGCUUAUAUAUAAAAGUACAAUUAAGAGAAUAAUUGAGGCCAUUUUAUGUACUGCUGCGAUUUGACCGAAGACAAGAACUUCUUAUUGUCUUCCAUCACCCUUGAGGUAUGAGUAAAUAGGUACCUACUAAAAACGUUGUUUUCGUGUUAAUUAGAUGUUUAUCUAUGAAUUAAGCUACAUCCCCAUUUAAAGACCCCCUUAAAAUCAUUUUUAUAUCUUAUGAAAAUUGUUACAUAAGUUUUGCAUUAUUAGUAUGUAAAAUUAAAAUUUCAAAAUAGAUAUUAAUAAAAUAAAAGUAAAUUAAUUAAUUAAUUAAUUGUAAGUUUUAAAACUGUAUGACAGUGUACGAUAUUUUUACGUUGAGCAGCUUAAGCAGCAAAGUCAGGGAGAUUUUUAUUAAAUGAAACAUGUGUGUACUUUUGGAUAAAUGCUAUCGACAUUUCAGACGUACUAGCUACUGAAUUUCAUAACUACCUACUUGCAAUUCACUUCGCACGUCAGGCAACUAAACAUUAUUUAAAUUUGUAAAGAGUUUCAAAAAUUCCCUGAUCCAUAGAUCAAAGGAUAUAUAUUCUUUAUCGACAUAAUAAUUUUAAAGAGCUGAAAUAAUGGUGAAUGACCUUGUAAGCGCCGAGUGACCUGUGCACCUCGAGACAUUUAAGCGCGAUGUGAUAGAUAGCACUUAAAAUUGCGACACUGCUCUUUUCGAAAUAUCCAAAGUUAGUGCUAAAUUUAUUUCAUGAAAGAGUUUAGGAUUUAUAAACGUUUCAUUUUUAAUUAUGCAAAUAUUUACCUAUACUCAAUAGGCACUUCUGGAUAGCAGUUUUUAAAACAGAAGUAUUCAAAUAUGUAGAUGUAUCUAUAAACAAAAUUGCAAUUACAGUAGAUUUUAAUAGAAUAAAUUUUAAUGUUUCAAAGUUAUUUUUAAAUUGGUUUACUUUGUCGUUCAUUCAGAGUUAGUAUCACCAUCACAAUCACCAUAAAUUAAACAAAUCAUGAGUACACCUGAAGUACAUUAAUAUUGUGCCUCGGAUCGUAUCGUGUCAUAAGAUAUUUUAAAAUGUUAUUUAAUAAGUAAGAAUCGUGGAGAUUAAAAUAUUAAUAAGUUUUUGAAAUACAAUUACAUUAUUUUAAGA